UCUGCCACUGCAAAAUGCACGCGAGAAUCUAUGACAUACGGCACUGAAUACUACAUAUUAGCCCAGCAGCAAGGCCAGAUUGACACGCUUUCUGUCAUUGAUUCGGUCCCUUACACUGAAAACCGGAACAAGACCGACUUUCUUUGGGGCAUCAUCAGUCAUAGCCUCAUCCUCGAUUGGAACCACACCAUAUACGAUCCUACGUCUUGUAAAUCUUUCGUGGAACUCGUGGGCACGGACUUGAAAAGCCGGCAACCAUAUGUGCUUGGAAUGACGAUGAAGUUUGAUGACGAGAAGGGCGAAGAAAUUCAGGCGAUGGAUGCACUUGUUACGACGACGGGGGAUUGGCUGUUUAAUGCAAGUCAAACAUUGAUCUAUUUCCAACGCGAGAAGCCUUGGACAAUUAUCCCGGAACCGAAGCGCGAUACGAGAGCGACUUUGAAGGCGGCUGCAGAUGCAUACGCAGAUAUCUUCAGCAAUCAUUCUGUCGUGGUUCCGUUCGGAACUCCGUGCUGUCGUGUGGAAGGAGGUGCAAGUACUUGCGCGAACAGCACGAUGCUUGGUGCAAAUACAUGCGUCCUUGGUAUUCCUGAUGCCGCGCAUCCACAACAUCUUCGGGACAGAGCGUAUGUGAUCGAUGAGGAGUAUGGCACGGUACAGGUGUCGAUGGACUUCGCGGGGCUACCAGACAGCCACAUGUUUAGGGUAGAAGGAGGGAAGAUCAGGGCAGUGCAUACUAUGACCGCUUGCGGGGCGCUGAAGUGCCAUAUUACAAAUGAGACGCUGAGGAGAAGUAUCUGGGAAGGGAGAUGGGGGCAUGCAAGCUUGUCGGGGUAG